UGAUACUCACAUCAUGGCUUCUCUUCUAUAUAUACAUACAUGGAUGUAUCAAAAGACGUCGCGCCGUUACAGCGAUUCGCUGGCCUUUUCUCCGACCCGCCUGGAAUGAAGCAAAUGUUGGAGUGUCGGGCAUUUGAACAGUAGAAUCUUCAUGAAAACAUCGACGUUAUACUUUGAGGAGAGAGAAUAGUUGUAGACUGUGAUACAAGGACUUGAAACGAAAUUGAAGAGUAUCCGAGUUGUGAGUAGAAAUGUCAUCAUCUAAUUCUCCAUGUGCGGCGUGCAAGCUUCAAAGGCGGAAAUGUACACAAGAGUGUAUAUACGCACCCUAUUUCCCACCAGAUCAGCCUCAAAAAUUCGCUAACGUCCACAAGGUCUUCGGUGCAAGCAAUGUUGCAAAGCUUCUCAACGAAAUAAAUGCUGCAAAUCGAGAAGAUGCCGUGAAUUCCCUAGCUUAUGAAGCGGAGGCUCGUCUUCACGAUCCCGUCUAUGGCUGUGUUGGUAUGAUUUCAAUUCUUCAACAACAACUUAAGCAUCUUCAGAAUGACCUUUUGGCUGCCAAAAAGGAACUAGCUGCAUAUAUUGGUCCGUCAGCGAUGGCACAUGUCGGGUAUAUGCCACAACAAUACAUGAGCGAUCCUUCUUCAUCGUCGGUCAUUCCUUAUAACAUGUCGCCAAUUUUGGGUCUUCCCCCUGGUGCUCCACAUGGUGGGCAAUUGAUAAUUCGUGAGCCACAGACGCAGCAGACCCAGCAGAAUCAGCAUCAGCUACAACAGAUUCUUGAGGCUCAGCAAUUAGCUGCAGCUAUGGCAGCAAGAGGGCAAGAGAUAAUGAGGACUCAUGAGCGGCAGCAACAGGAACAAGAGCUCCUUCGGUUCGACAAUGGGUUUGACGCUGAUGGUAUAGUUGGUGCUGCAAGUAGUUUCAACCAGAUGACUACAGCUGCAAUGUCACCAUCUCGGGCUUUGGGUACAUUUGGACAUCAGCUUCAGCUUCAGCCCCAGCCCCAGCCCCAGCCCCAGCUGCUUCCUCAAACCCAAAAACAACCUCAGUUACCUCAACAGCAGCAAGGAUUUGGAAGCGAGGACGCCAGAAACGUGGGCCCAUCUUGUUAAGUCUUGCAGCUCAUUCUUAUAACAAUUUGUCCUUGGGUAUAUUCCCUCUCGCUCUCUGUCUCUUAUUUAUGGUUUAUUAUGCCUCGGACACAUGAAGGUCUCUGAAUGCUUGAGACUUCGCUUUUCUAAACUGUUCUGAUCCUAUGCAUCUUAUUUUGUACCGGCGGAUUACUGUUGGAUAUUGGCAAUUACCCUCUCUUCACUUUCACUGCGGCCAAGGUCCAUUCAUAUCUGCCUUAACACACAAAGUAGGGAAGGACGCUAUGAUUAUGGUGUUUGAAGCAGCCUAUUUCUUUGGUGAAACAUUGUGAUGGAAGUGUAGGACUCCAUCUCAAGUACAGUUCCUAUUAUACUUUCUUCUUUGGUUCACUCCUUGGAGCUCAAUCCUUGAGCGGGUUUGGCAUAGGAGUACGUAUCACUAAGAGUAGUGCACACCUUUUAUUCAAAAAUUUGUAAAUGGCCAUCAAUUUCAAGGAAAGAACAUGCACGUACGAUCUCUAAGAUCUGUUGAGUAACAAUGCAUAGAUCAGGUCUUUAUCAACCAUAGACGGUAGUGA